GAGAAGCAGGAGCCCCGGCGCUGCGGCGACCACUGCUCCGAGCCGCCCCGGCGCCGACAACUUACCCCGUAUUUUCUGCUCCUCGCCGUGACCGCAAUCCUCUCCUUAUUUCCAGCCACUGAAUUCAUGGUGGCUUCGCAGGGCGGCGGGAGAAUUUCCUACAGGUUUCCCAGUCCGCAUCCGAAGGGAAUAGCCGGUCCUGGGAAGUCCCUCGCGGAGCGGGCUGGCUUGCUCCCUCCGCCGCCUCCGACGGGAACGCUCAGCCCCAAAACAGCCAAACGGCAACAUCCACGUCAGGAGCGAUCCCCCCAUCGGCAGCACAGCUCUCAUCCGCAAGUGAGGUUGAAGCAUCCAAGGCAGCCUGGAGAAGGCGAAAGAAGGAGCGAGAGCCGCGCUCUCCCAAGCGGAGGCGCUUUCUGCCUCCGCUACAGCGGCAACUUGUUCCCUUCACCAAGCAUCCCUAGUGUACCUGGGCCGCCGCAGCCGUGAGGAAACAAAACCAGCCUGCUGAAUCGCUGAGCAAGGAAUCUCCCGG